AUGUCUGCCACAGCUGCAGUGGAGCGGCCUGCGCCUUCUGUGUUGCCCCCUGCCUAUCAAUAUGUCCCCGCUCAUGUGAUUCGCCGACAGCCCCGCGUAGAUGUGGUGGAGUUGGAUAUUCCAAGUGUAUACCAGUCAGAGGCCACAGAGCUCAGCACCGCCGUCUCCACCCCCCGCUCACUCGCCAAGAUGCGGGAAUCCCCAACAAAGGGAAGUACACACAAAUCAAAGAAACGCUCCAGCUUUGAAUCUAGAAAAAUGGCAAGUUGGGUCACCACCACCACAAACACGACCGUCUUUCUCCCAACGGCACGAAUACAGGUGCGAUCCGUGCCGGAAAUAUUACCACCAUCUCCCUCACCACAACCACAACCACAGCAGGAGUAUUUGUAUGGUGGAAUGAGUAGUGAUUCUCGUACGGAUUCCAUUCCUUUAAUCACAUCUGGAAGUGUAGGUGGGACGCAAACGCAUAGGGCAGAAGGUAAAAAAGCCCGCGCUUCAUCCUUUACACACUUUUAG